GCGGGCUUUCGCGUCGAGUGUCCGAGUAAAAGUGUCGCCCGUCGAAAAGUUCGCCCGUUGAAAUGGGGGCAGGAGAGGAGCUUUCAACAUUGGUCUCCGUGGAGUUCGAGGUGUUCGGCCACGUACAAGGAGUUUAUUUCACAAAAUACGCCAGAGAUAGAUGUCUAGAGCUUGGAUUAGCAGGCUGGAUUAAGAAUAGUAAACGAGGAACAAUAGUAGGCAAGAUGCAAGGAGAGAAAUCAAAAGUCGAAGAAAUGGUUUCCUGGCUAUCAAAAACAGGUAGUCCCGGAAGUCAAAUAGAAAGAUGUGACCUCAUGAACUUCGAAUACAUUGCCCGACAAGAAUUCAGAGGGUUCAGUAUCCGCUUCUGACCUCACAGUGAACCAUGUGCUGUAAAAAUCAUUGUAAUUUUUCCUCUGUUUCUUUUACUCUAUCUUUCUCAUGGAAACCUUCACUAAGUGUCAAAGUUUGAACGCACGUUCCGUGUUCACUCGAGGCUUUAAUUUGCCUAGUGAUGAAAUUGUGUGCGUGUCUUUCUUGUGAACUAUGAAUAUAAAUAAGGACGUAGGUAGGAAAACAGCAUAAGAAGCAAUACGGCUCUGCAAUGAGA